AUGCAUUCAGUAGCAAUCGAGAAUCAGCUCAAAGAAAACAUGCCUUCAGUACUUCUACUCUAUCUAUUCCUUCGUUUUGGCUGCCCGGCGGCACAACACACACCUUUCGAGGAUGAACUUGCUCAAGUGAAACUCUACUACUACGCAAGUACAACGCAUGAUGUUGACAUUUCCGAAAAUGGCCCAUUGUCAGAGUUUGAUGCACAAAAGCAACUGAAAGUAAUAGUUCACGGAUGGAAUGCUAAUCGUCACCAGCUUGCACUGACACCAGUGCAAAAUGCUUAUUUGAGCCAAAACAAACACAACAUAUUAGCUGCCGAUUGGGCAAACAUAGCGUCAAAACCAUAUCCCAUUGCAAGGGAACUGACACGUGCAUUGGGGUACCGAAUAGGAUCGAUUUUGUCAACAUUCGUUGCCAAUAUGAACAUAAGCUACGAUCGAGUGCAUGUGAUAGGACACAGUCUCGGAGCGCACAUUGCUGGAAAUAUAGGAAAGUAUUUCGGCGGAAAACUGUCAAGAAUUACAGCAUUGGAUCCAGCUGGGCCGCACUUCGUUACACUAUCCACCGAUGCAAUUGCUCACUCAGAUGCUCACUUUGUGGAUGCCAUUCACAGCGAUAUCAUCCUAGGAGAAACCGUUCAUAGGGCUCACAUAGACUUUUAUCCUAACCGAGGACUCUCUUCCCAACCCGGAUGUGAAGCUUUGGAUAUUCUAACAUUACAUGCCUGCAGCCACUAUAGAGCACCAGCUUUCUUUGCCGAAUCAAUUCUCAUACCAGAAAAUUUCAUUGCCCAUGAGUGCGAGUUGAAGAAAAUUCUGAGUUCACCAUCCGCUUGCAUGCUAGUGGAAAUCCGCUCAAAACAAAGAAAAUAUGUUAUCAUGGGAGAGUACGUAAAUCAAAGCACUCGAGGGACUUUUUAUCUACAAACAUCCAAUUUGCCUCCUUAUGGGAUAGGAAAUAGAGCUGUUCGACGAAGAUGA